ACCCGGCAGGUGUCGCUGCCCCCGUUUUUCAUCGCCGAUCUCCUUUCAUAUUCACACGGAGGACAAUCGUGCAUUGAAAUGAAAAGGCAGGAGGACGUUUGAAGAUGAAGAACUUGUGCCAGCCAGCAUUAGAAGCGCAGGGCAGAACAACAUGAAGAGCACACAGACAAUCGAGGAGGAGGAGGAGGAGGAGGAAGGUCCCCGUGUAAGGAGGUCAUUUCUAAAGGGUUGUUGUUUUGUUUUUCUUUUUUUGCUUCGUUUUCGUGCCUGCUGAUUAUCAUUCAUUUUUAACAUAAUAAGGUUCAAGAAAUAAUGUAAAAAUAAUUUCAAAUAUUUUGAACAAUAGAAUUCACUCGAGACCAAUCACAGUCAUAUUUUGAAUGACCUUCCUUAACUAAACUAACGUUAUGUAUAUGAAUCCGUUAUUAUGAUGAUAAUAAUAUAAACAGAAACUCGGAAUCUCGCCUCGUGAUUGGAGGACGGCCUCUUAAUGUCAUCUUUUAGCAACGAAAGCGACGCGACAGAGGCAGGAAGCUGGGGGCGGGGCGUGGAAGGCCGAGUCUUGGACCUGCAGCCGGAUAGAAUCGCUAGGCGGGCGGACGGGCGGACGUCCACCUCAGUACAAGAAGCCACCGAAAGUCGGGACCGACGCCGCCACACCGUCUUCUGCGCGCUUUCUCCGUUUCGCCAAGCCGAGUGAUUUGUGCGGAAUGGCUUCACAUUGGGCGCGUGUCAGACUCCGCGCGCGCUCCAGCGGUCCACGUGUUCAUUCGCUGCCGGGACGGAAGUGUCGCUACUGGCUCCGCCCCCUGACGACCCAGUGUUGAUAGCAACGCCCCUAGCCGCCGCUGCCGCCGCUGGCGAAGAGCUGAACGCCAUGGGCUCGAAGGGAGACGGGGAGAGCGCGAGCGGACUGCGGGAGCAGCUACGGCGUCUGACCAACGAGAACGUGCAGCUGCGGGACAAGAAUGAGCGGCUCUUCAGCAAACUGGGGGAGUUGCAGGGCAAACUGGGCCAAGUGGCGGGCUCCAAGACAGACUUGUCCUCUAAACUGGUGUUCAGCGAGGAGGAGAAACUGAAGAUCUCCAAGGACCUCAUUGAGAUGCAGAUCCACACCAAUAAAAUGAGGGAGCAGUACGAAGCGGAGGGCUUUGAGCUCAAGAACAAGAUACUGACCCUGGAGAACCGACUCGUGGAGCUGGAGACGCAACGGGACAAGCUGUACAGCGAGGCCGAGACCACCUGGGGGCGCCUGCACGCCGCCGAGAAGAACCAGAAGGAACUGGCAGACGAGUACAUCGUGCUGAAGAGCAACUACCUGGCACUGUGCAAGGAGCACGAGAAGGAGGUGACCAAGAAUGACGAGUUGGGCUUGGAGCUCCUGAACUUGGCCAAGGCGCAGGAUGCCCUUCUGAAGCAGCAGGAGGACCAGGCCAGGCAGCGCCAGGCGUACUCGGAGGCCACCAUGGAGCUGGAGCGGGUCAAGGCGCUGGUUGGCCGCCUGUCCGACAGGAAGAUCAAGCCUGAAGAUCUGGUGGCAUCUGAGCACGAGCGCAGGAAGGUGGAGAGGAGCCUGCUUGGAAAUCAAGACGAGAUCAAAGAGGAGCUGGAGAGGAUGAAGAGGAGCCAUGAAGGCCAGCAGCACAAGCUGGAAGAGAAAGUGGUGACGAUGGGCAGGGAGCUGCAGGAGACCAAGAGGGCCGUUCGGAACACCCAGCACAAGCUGGCAGAGCAGUCUGCGGCCCUUCUGAGCUCCCAGGGCCAGCUGAAGGAGGUGGAGGCCGACAACUCGAGGCUGCAGCUUCAGCUCAAGGAGCUCAACGAGGAGUACCGUGCCCGGCUCGUCCGCUACAUUCAGGACCUGGCGGAGUACGUGGACGGAUGCACAGCUGAAGCGGGUGGACGCACGCCAGCGGUGCCCCUCGAGCGCUCCAGGAUGAAGAGCUUCGUGGACAACAUGCUGCAGGAUGUCAAGGCCUCCUACCGGUCCCGAGAGGAGCAGCUCGCCAACGCGGCGCGCGGGUACAAGAAGAGGCUGCAGCACCUGCUCAAGGUGCACGAGAGGCUGCUGGUCGCUUACAGAAUGCAGCGGGAGCAGAUCCUGUCGGUUGGAGAGCGCGGCCUGGACCCCGGCCCCCCGGAGUCGCACUUCGGCGUUCCCGACAACGAGCUGGAGAGCGAGAUGAGCCGCGAGCUACAGAGGCUGCGGGGGGACAAGGCGCGGCUGGAGGCGCAGCUGCAGGAGCAGAAGCGCAGCGUGGACAUCCUCGACCCCACCGCCUUCUCACAGCAGUCACCUGCCAAUGUGGGAAAAAUCUCGGAAGACGGCUGGGCGGACAUCAGGAAGCAGCUGCGUGAAUUCACCCACUCGACGCAGGAGGACCUCGAGAGGGAGCGUGCCCAGCUGCUGACGCGGGCCAUGGUGGCAGAGGAGCAGCUCUCGGAGCUCCAGGACUACGUAGACAAGCACCUGGCAAGGUACAAACAGGAGAUCAUCAGACUGAGGAGACUCUUGGGCACGGAAGCGGGCCGCGCUUUCAGUGCCGAUGCCCCCGACGCCCGUCAUCUGCGCCACUCCAGAAGAAAUGGCAGUUACGAACUGUGAUGGGCAGCCGCAAGGAAGGGGAGAUGGGCCGAAGACAACAGAACUGGCACUGCCAGGAGAGCCACAUCUGUCGCCGAGUGCCUUGUGCCCGUUCUUAGGGUGUGUCCUGAGGCUUCAUGAUGGACACGAGUGCUUAAUGGACGUGUUGCUUUCAUUUUUUAGAGCGCCUUUCCAUGGAGCCACACAGGCAGCCUUGUGCUUAACGGCCUAGUGUCCUGGCCAGUAGGGGGUGCCACUGUGUGCCAAUAAAGAGGGUACUUGGGUCAAAUCUCAA